AUGAGUAGAUCUGAAAGAUAUGCAGAAUUUUUGCAACAUAAUGUAAACAAUCGUUUCUCCUUCACCGAUCGUGAAAAAAUUAUGUACUUGGAGAGUUACAUGGAUGUGAUUAUGAUUGACACAAAUGACACAAAAACAAAACAUCACGCCGGAUAUCAAGUGAGAAGAAGACUUGUGAAUGGUAGAUUGGAAUAUUUGGAUUUACUGAAAUGCCUCAAGAAGAUUUUGCAGCUGAGCCUGUCGCUGGUGGAAGGAGAUUCGGAUACAAAAAUCGAUAUAACGUGAGUUAAGAUUUCACUUUUUUUUAAUUUAAUUUCGAAAAUUGUUGUACAAAUUUGUUGGAAAACUUCUCAAUUUCACAAAAAAAAACCUUCAAAUCAUUCUCAUUUCCAGAUUCAACCAUCCCAAUCUGCCGAAUGGCGAAAUGUCGUAUUUCGAAGUGCUUUAUUCAGCUGAACGAGUCGAGGAAAUUGCAUUGCAAUUGCAGUUUGCUGAAAUGCGAAAUCCAGAAUUCGAAAUCGAUAGAAGUUUGCGGAUUUGUGUGACAAUUGAGAAAGAUCCAGUUUAA